AUGAAAGAUACUAAGUUUCAUAAAUCCUUCCAGCCUACAGGGUGCAAAACCCGCUAUGAGAACAUCGGGGAGAUUGGUGCUGGCAUUCAAGCUCAGGAGGCGUGGGAGGCCUUCGAGCCUCAUGGCAUGCUCGUCACAGUUGGCGCAGUAGCUUCCGUUGGCAUCGCAGGGGGCUACGGUCAGGGAGGUGGCCAUGGACCGCUGGGGCCCAAGUAUGGACUCAUGAUCGAUCAAGCAGUUGAGUUCGACGUCGUCACCGCUGAUGGCAAGCAACGCACUAUCAAUGAAUGCAGCGACCCAGAUCUCUUCUGGGCAAUGCGUGGAGGCGGAGGUGGCAGCUACGCUGUGCUCACAUCCUACAAGUUUCAGCUGCAUCCGGCUGAGCCUAUCAAUGUGUACAGCUUUCAAGCUCACUUUCCGGAGCCAAAAGACAUCGCCAAGUCGAAGAUCCAUCGCGACAUCAUCACCGGGCUUGCCUCCAAUCAGCCCUCGUUUUCCAAGCAUGGAGUUGCCGGAUACAAUUUUGUACUCCCAGAUCAUGUCGUGUUUCUGCAAGUAUUGCCCUCUAGCAACACUUCAGAGAUCAAGGCUAUCACUUCCCAAUGGCACGAUUUUCUUACCAAUUAUCCUGGUCUAAAUAUCACCGAGAAUGAGUAUCACUCCUUCAAGAAAUUUUCGCAGUACAAUGAAUUUACAGAGAGACCGGAGAUAUCUCGCAAUGGGCCGGUCGGUCUAGGCUUCAAUGGCGGAGGACGCUUCAUCUCCAAGGAUCUCUUCAAUUCGACUGAUAACAUCGAACGACUAGUGGAUGCGGUUGUAACUGCAAUGCACUUCUCUCGCACCAACCAUGGCGGUGGAGGCGCUCAGUUUUACGCUACUGGACCUGACAACACUCCCGAUAAUGGCAAGACUAGUGUGAACCCACUAUGGAGAAACUCACUAUGGGAGAUAGUGAUGGGCCAGUUCUGGACGACAGCCACACCACCAGCUGUGCGAUCGCAGAUCCAAAAGACCGUUUCCGCUACUAUUCAGCACUUGAAGACCGUGACACCAGGUGGUGGGUGCUAUUCCAAUGAGGGCGAUUGGACUGAGGAGGACUGGCAGCAAACGUUCUUCGGUGAGCACUACGAUAGGCUACUGGCAAUCAAGAGGCACUAUGAUCCUACCGGUCUAUUCAAUUGUUGGAAGUGUGUGGGUUGGACAGGAUAUGAUGAUCCAAUGUAUUCAUGGAUAAUAACAAUAACAAUCCUUUCAUCGGCCCUAGCUCCCACACUUACCUUUACUUCCUCCAACCCACAUCACGCGACAAUCAACUACCACGAGAUCAUCACUCGAACCGCAAUCUGCUCACACGAUCACUUCAAGAAUCUAACUCAGAACAACCCAGCAAUGCGCGCAGACUUCGCCGUUGCCUUUGCGCUGCCGCUCGUCGCUGCGGGCGCGCACCUGGGCCAUCGCCACAGUCAUGAUCAUGCCGACGUUCAUCGCCGCGCGGUCAAAACUGAUGUCGUCGUUGUCACCGAGACGGUAUAUCUUACGCUGACUGCAGAGCCCAUCUCGGCCUCACCACAAUCUUCUAGCUGUGCCGCCGUCAGCACCUCGACUGCGGCUCCACCGUCCAUCACUUUCAAUCUCCCGGAGAAGGGACCAUCCGAUAUCGCGUCCAGGUCUGCGUCGUCUUCUGCUGCAUCGUUUUCUGCUACGCCAUCAUCUGAUUCACCACUUAAGACUCCAUCAUCUACCGGCAACCUCUAUGCGCCUCUGAGCUACGAACCGCAUACUGCCAUCAUUGUCAACUCCUGCGACUAUGGCGUCUACGUAUCUUCAAUCGGCGACGUCACUACCUGUGGACCCGGAAAGAUUUGUGAGCUUGUUCCCGCUAACACCACCUACUCUGAACCCAUCCGCAGCUGCGGCGACUCUGGAAUCUCCCUCAAGGUCUCAAAGACGGAGUCAAUGGCCCAGCCAAUGCAGUUCGAAUACACUGUCUGGCCUGACGGCACCACCAUGUCCUACGACAUCUCUUACUUGGACUGCCAAGUCAAGACUGACGAUGUUUUUGACUUCAGCGCCUGCGUUGGACACGAGAAGGGUAUACAGGCUGCCGCCCCCGAUGGACCCGUCUACGAGUGCGUGGCAAACGAACCAUGUGCUCGGAAUGCCUACAUCGUACCUGAGUUUGGCUACUUGCCCGGUGCACCGGUCGGCAGUUCCACCAUCGACAAGGGUAUUGCCUUCGAGAUUUGCGCAAAGAACAGGGCUUGA